UACCUGCAAGGCACAGGCAACAGUAGAUGCUAAGAUUCCCAUGCCAUUGGCUCUAUAGCCUUACCAACCUCCUCUGUGACCUCUUUCUUGUACACACAAGAAUGGAACGCGGAAGUGAUUUCCUCUUAUGAUUUGAAUAUGACAUGUUGCACAGAUUCUGUGUUUUCCUCAGUUGGUGGCACUAGUUGGUAGGUUCUGGAAAGCUCAGGACAUAGGACAUGGCUAUAGGAAGUAGGACACUACAGAUCCCCAGCUCUUUCCUUGAUCUGCUUCCUGUCUAUAUACAAGGUACAACCUUUCCACCACACUCUCUUGAUGCGCUGAUGUUCUGAUCAUGAUGAGGGCCCAGAAUCAAUGGAGCCAAGGAUAUUAGCUAAAAUCUGAAACUGUGGGCCCUGACAAAACCCCUUCUACUUUUAAGAUGUUCUCUAGUCACAGCUAUGCAAAAGUAUCAAAUACAGAAAGUUGGUACCAAUAAGUUACAUUGUUGCUAUGACUAAACCUGACCAAGUGGUUCUUAGGAACUGACUUGUGGGAAGAAAGUGGAAAUGUUUAGAAAUACAGGCUGAAGAAGCCUAGAAUUUAAGCAAACUCUAUGGGCAAUUCUUGUAAGCUCAGAUGAUCAGAUACCAUUAGAGUGAACUGCAGGCUUACGAGGCUUCAGAUAGAAACAAAACCUGGAAGCCACUUGGGUCACAUUUUAGCAAAGAAUUUUUCUUUAUACUAUUUGUGCCCUGAAAAUUUGUGAGUAUGAGCCUAAGUGUAAUAGAUCAGUUGAAUUUGGUGAGGCAAUUUUGAAGCAUUCAUUAUUCAAGCUAUGACAAGAUUAUUCGAGGUUCCUUUUAUAUGGGUUUUACAAUGAGAAUGGGGGGAAAAGGAGCAAAGCAUGAAGAUUUGAGGAAUUUCAGAUAGAUUAGGAAAGCCCAUGAAAAACUGCCUGGGGCUUAGAUAGAGUUCAGCACCAUUAAAAAGAACGCAAUUAAACGGUGUCUCUAGGACACAGCAGGACUGACAGACACGCGCGUGUGAACUCAGAGGCCGUGACAGCACGCACAAGGCCUGCACAUGUUUAGACAAGACAUGGUUCCAGCACUGAAGGGGAAGUAGGCAUGAAGUUCCACCCUAAGCAAGAAGCAAUUUGCAGUUGAUAUUCACUGGGAGAAGGGAAAUCUGUUUCUCCAAUGGAGUGUCACUGGGUUCAUAAAUCAUAGGGCACUCCCCAUGCCUAGGACUAUUAGCCAACACAAAAUUAGCUUCAAGAAUUUUUUGGUGGGGUUUUUGUAUGUAUAUGUGUGUGUGUGUGUGUGUGUGUGUGUGUGUGUGUGUGUGUAUGUAUGUAUGUAUGUAUUUGUCUUAUUGGUAUUUUGAUUGUUUGCUUUGAAUUUUGUUUUAAACAUGAGAGAAAGAUAAAGUUGGAUAGGUAGGGAGGUGAGAGGGUUUGGAAGGAGUUUGGGAAGAGAAAACGUGAUCAAAAUGAAAAACAUUACCAUAAAAUAAAUAAAAAGCCAAAGGCAAAACCAAAAAGCAGCAGCAGCCAGCUGUUGGAGAUUAUGUCUGCCUGAUACUCAGGAGCCCCUAGGCUCCGUCCUUGGUACUAGAAGAAUAAAGCCAACCGCUUUGCAUCUGAACCACAGGAAAGAGGCCCUGUGAAUGCCUUAAGAACCGGCCAGACCCCAGCCCCUGCUCCUGCCCAGCUAUUCUCCUCUGAGUCCUAUAGAGUGGAAGUGCUUACUCUGUGUCACUGUAUCUUGGAAUUAUGAAACUUUUGUUUUAUAGAGGCUCACUCCUUGAGUUUCAGAGACACUCUGGACUUUGAAAAAUGGUGGAAACGUUAAGACUUGGUUACUUUGGAGAGGAACUAGAUGUGUUUUAUAUCAUGAGAUGGCCAUGGACCUCUGAGGGCUAACAAGAAACAAAAUGACUUGCAUAUGAAAUGUUUUCCUAUAUGAAACUUGGUCUCACCUGGCGCCACCAUUUUGGGAGAUCCUGGAAACUUUAAAAGAUAUCGUUAGAUGAAGUGGGGUAGUAGUGGGUCUACUUUCAAGGUUAUACCUGGUCCUUAGCCCACUCUUGCUCUCUGCUUCCUGUUCACCAUAAGGUAAACAGGGUCCAGGUGCCAAAAUUCUGUCUCAGCAGACCCAACAGAGCCAAUGACCACAUUCAAAACCAUGAGACCAAAAUAAUCUUUCCUCCCAUAAGUCAUAUAUGUCAGGUAUUAGGUCAGAGUGGUGAGAAAGCUAACCCAACCUAAGUGUGCAGCAUUUGUCACCACAGCUGAGUAAGUCUGUACUUCUCCAAUGAAAAAGGUUUCCUUGCUUCUUAGCCAGGCCACCACUGGAGAGCAGCAGCCAUGGCCCUGCACUACCCCAUGGCCGUGGGCCUCAACAAGAGCCACAAGGUGAGGAAGAGUGUCAGCAAGUCGAGACACAGCUGGCGCCUCACCAAGCACACCAAGUUUGUGUGGGACAUGAUCUUGGAGGUGCGUGGCUUCGCACCCUACAAGUGGCUUCAAGUGGAGUUGCUUCAAGUGUCCAAAGACAAGAGCGCACUCAAGUUCAGCAAGAAGUGGGGAGGCAUGCAAGUCCAUGCCAAGAGAAAGCAAGAGAAGCUGAGCAACGUGUUGGCAGCCAUGAGGAAGGCGGUAGCCAAGAAAGAUUAAUGAACCCUCCCCCCCCUCGAUAAAAGAUCAUUCUUACAGUUUGUAAAAAAAAGAAAAAAAAAGUUUCCUUUAAAAAGACAUCACUGGGGGCUGGGGAUUUAGCUCAGUGGUAGAGCGCUUACCUAGGAAGCGCAAGGCCCUGGGUUCGGUCCCCAGCUCCGAAAAAAAGAACCAAAAAAAAAAAAAAAAAAAAAA